AACUGAUGUGUGGCUGCAGACAGCAGCCACGUUAUAGAAACGCUUGCAUCCUUGCCAGUUGCCAGCCUAAGGAGCAUCACGUGGCCAUGAGAAUCCAAGUGUUUCUAUCCCACAGCCUAUGCACAGAGGCGGAUUCUAUCUCUGGGCAAUAGCAGCCAGUGUUCCAGUUUCAUAUUUUUAUUGGCAUCGUAAACAGACAAGCGGGAGAACUAUCUGGGAGUCUGUGUGUGGCAGCCCGCGCAAUUCAUAUCGCAUUUCUUUUUGUAGCAACUGGGAGUGAAAAAGUGCUCCGGGCUGCGGCACACGGCACACGGAUGUCCUCAUUGAAUGUGGUCCUAUCCAAUACAGAUCCACGUGUUUUAGAAAAACAAGAAUUACAGCAGCCAACCUAUGUUGCCCUCAGUUACAUUAAUAGAUUCAUGACCGACGCCGCCCGCCGGGAGCAGGAGUCCCUCAAGAAGAAGAUCCAGCCCAAGCUCUCACUGACCUUGUCCAGCUCCGUGUCCCGGGGGAAUGUGUCCACGCCGCCUCGCCACAGCAGCGGAAGCCUUACUCCCCCCGUGACCCCGCCCAUCACGCCCUCCUCCUCCUUCCGCAGCAGCACCCCGACCGGCAGUGAGUACGACGAGGAGGAGGUGGACUACGAGGAGUCGGAUAGCGAUGAGUCCUGGACCACAGAGAGCGCCAUCAGCUCCGAGGCCAUCCUCAGCUCCAUGUGCAUGAACGGAGGGGAGGAGAAGCCUUUUGCCUGCCCAGUUCCUGGAUGUAAAAAGCGAUACAAGAAUGUGAAUGGCAUAAAGUACCAUGCUAAGAAUGGUCACAGAACACAGAUUCGUGUCCGCAAACCAUUCAAAUGUCGUUGUGGUAAGAGUUACAAGACAGCUCAGGGCCUGCGGCACCACACAAUCAAUUUCCACCCCCCGGUGUCGGCCGAGAUUAUCAGGAAGAUGCAGCAAUAACACGCUGGUCAUAACUGUGCCAAGGAAUCCUCACCAGCAGUUGCUGAUUUUGAAAACAGCCACCUUUUUUCAGGGGAAGCAUUCAGCCACCCUUUAAAGAAGUAAAUGCAUGCUUUAAAUUUUUUCUGUAAUUUUGGAAUGAUGUAUCUUUGUAGAGUUAAUGAUUUUGUACAUUUGCACAUGUAAUCAUCAUAUCCAUUUUCAUUACUUUGAUAUAAGGUGCUAAAAAAAGCUCUAGGUUCUCAGCACAUUUCCCCCAAAACAAAUAUGGUUGAGGGCAUGUCGCAUAUUGUUUAGUUGUAUAGCAGUUGGGGGAGGAGGGGCUGGCACAGAGGUUUGCUUCUCUCCCCCCCCCCCCGCCAAGAUUUGUAGUGUGACUGAGGUUUUUUCAACACAUCAACUCACUAUGUUCAAAACCAAAAUAAUAUCUUCAUUAUCAAACUGGUUAUCAUGCCUUACAUAAUGGAGUUAGUAUUUGUGAGUAGAAAGACUUUAGGUAAUGGAAAUAUAAAUUAAGAAAGAAUGUUUAACAUAUGCUAAAAAUAUUUUCAUAUUUAAAUAACAUACAUAAAAAGGUAUGCUUUUCUGUGUUUUAUAUUAUCUUGCAAGUCCUUUUGCCCUUUAAAAAGCUGAAAAUCUUGCCAUCUGACUUACCAAUUAUUUUAGUUAUAAAUGGCAUUUUUGUAUAAUAGUCUGUUCAGUUCACUCAUUAAUUUAACACAUUUAUUGAGUGCAAGGGAUUCAAUUUAUGUCUAUUGAUACUUGCAGAACAAGAUACCAAUUUAGUGAAAUAGGUUUCCCUGAAAUCUGUUAGGAAACAUUUUGAAAUACGUACAAAUUUUUGUGUGAAAUUUAUUUCUAUCUUCAUCUUUAGGUGAAGUUUUAAAGCACUUUGUAGUUCUCUAUUGCCAACAGAGUUAAUGUUUUAUGUGUUGCCAAUUCUUACAACCACUGCCCUAACAAACCUGUGGGUUACAAUAAGAAAAUUCCAAGCAUGGUUCAAAGGGGAACAUUUUUGUUAGGCCCCUACUGCCUCCUCUUCAUGUUCCUUGUUUUUAGACUAUAAGGCACUUUUCCUAUCACAUUGUACAUGUCUGUGUUCCACUGGAAACGUCUGUUUAGCUUUAUAAAACAAUUUGCCGAAAUGAAAUUGAGCCUUAUUGAGAAUUAAGUGCUUUCUUGCAGCAGGUGGUCAAAGAAUGACUAAUAUAUGGCCCGUUAGAAUAACCUACGUCUGGACCAUUCCUGAAGUUUUUCUCACCAACAAUACUAUCAUGCCUUGAGUGUUCUUUUCUCCCAAGUGCUAUUCCUUGAACAUGAGUUUACCAGUUGCCUAAUUAUACAAUAAAAAUUGCUUUGAGGUGGCCAACUGCUCACAAAACUGGUGAGUCGCAAACUUGCAUUGCUUACAAAAUAACUUUCUUCCCAUGUUUAUUAGCCAGAUGAGUAAGCUUCUAUAUUCUUAAGUUGUGAAUCCCUCAUAAUGAGGGAUUUAAGUAUUUAUAAAGACACUGCCCUUUAAGCAUCUCCUCAGAUCUCUGAAGCACGGUCUUAGUCCUGAAAUACAGUGCUAUUCUGAAUAUUGGAAAGGGUGAUCCAGACAGAAAAGCCAUUGGUUGUGCAUAAGAAAGCCCCACUGCCUAUUUCACAUUUACCUGUAAUUAACCAAAUUUUUUUUAGGCCAUCAGUUAUUUAGCUUUUGCUCUUUCUAGUGCAAGAAAUCGCAGGCUGGAUCAGCAGUUCAACAGCUAAACAGCCAUAAAAUAGUCAUUGUGCAUGUUAACAUUUCUUUCAACUAUAAAACAAAUUCCAACUUCUACUUGCUUAUUCAUUGUGACAGUAUUACUAAAGAUAAGGAUGGGAAUAUUUUGUUAUACCGUGUAUAGUGAAUGUAUUGUACCGUGUCUGUGAAAACUGUGCUUUAAAUUAUAUUUUCAUAUGUUUUGUUUGGGACAGAGCACAUUAAGUUUGAAAGCGACAGAGGUUUUAGAACUGAAGGCAACUUGAAUCAAAAUCCUGUCAAGAAAAGCUGCUUAUAAAAUAUGUAAAUGAAAUCACAUUUUAAAUAAACUGUCUCUGGCCCAAAA